AUGCACUUGCUUCUCAGUCUGGCCCUCUUCUUUUCCUUGGGUAAGUUGAACCAAAAAACAAUUUUUUCCCAUGCGCAUGGUCUUGUCAUUGGUUUUUAAAUUUUUAAACUGCCUUCAUAAUUUUCCUUUUUCCUGGUUCUUUACCUAAAAAACUGUAAAUGUUCAAUUCACAAUAUAGACUUCAUUUUUUAGGCAAUUUUAUGUUGAAACAACUCUUCCAGGUUUACAGGGGAAGUACUCCAAGUGCGACGCUCAGAUUUUCUUUAAAUUUUGCACACACGUCGUGUAUGUACUAAAUAUCAAUACCUGAAAGUUUUAGCUCGCGCUUUGCUGGCGCCGCCGAGAUAUCGAACAAUUUUUGCCGCCGAGAGAGCACGCUAAACGUAAAGAGCGGUCAGAGAGUAAAACGUUUUUUGGCCAUAACUUUGGCAGUUUUGUGCAAAAAAAUUUGAUUUUUUGUCACACAUUUUACUUUCACAUUAUACUUUACGGUAGAAAUAGGCAUGAAACUUCUCGUGCCGAAAUUCGGCAAAAAGUUCUAAAUUUUCGCCGACUUUCGAUCUAAAAAUCUCGGUUGUUUCUGCAAAGCGCGAGCUAGGAUUCUCGCAUAUACUUUAGAAACAAUCGUUCUAAAUUUGUGCCAAAUUUCAUCAAAAUCUGAGCGUCGCACUUGGAGUAUUUCUGUUAGUGUAGAGCCUGCGAAAAACCAAAAAAAAAAGAAUAUUUUUUCCGGCGUGGACCAUAGUUAAAAGAUUUAUUCCGAGCUGCGCCCAAGCCUUGGCAAAGAAUCGGAAACGCGGUUGAAUUUUUGAAAUCGAGUUUGCACGAUUUUAAGAGGGAUUAAUCUUUUGCAUUUCUUUGAAUUUCCCUCUUUUUCAGCUGCACUUGCCAGCCCUCUCCAAUGUUACAGUUGCGUGGGCGCUCUUGGAUUGGGCGAUGAUUGCUUCACUCCUAGCAGUAAGCACAUCGUGGACUGCAAAAACGGCUGUUUCAAGGCCUUUGGAGAGGUGUCGGGAAAGAAAGCGGUCGCCCGAACGUGCGCUGUGGUAAGUGUAUCUAGAGCUACAUAUAUUUGAAACUUGUUUUGUAAAAUUAUUUUUGAUAAAUCGUCUUUUCUUGACUUUGUAAAUAUAAUAAUUUUUGAUGAUUUUAGACCAAGGUCGAGCAAGACGAAUGCCACACUGGGGACUAUGAUUUCAAAGUCACGCGUGUGACUGCAACCUUGUGCAGUUGCCAGGGAGAUCUGUGCAACAGUGCGAUUGGAGUCGGAGCCACCUUCAUCACAACUGCUGCCCUUCUUGUCUCGGCCUUUACGUUCUAG